CAGUGAUUUUGGAGUCUAUAAAGCUGAUCGCUGCUGUUUGUCGUAAGAGGAGAUGUGAAAAACUGCUCAGAAACUGUAAUAGAGUGAACGUCUUCAGGUGAAACGCUGAACUCAACAAGGAUCUGUCCAUCAUAUCUGCUGGUUUCUUGAUGUCUGGAUCGAUGUUCUGGCUGAUUAUUCUCUUCAUCCACCUGAGCUCCGCGCUUCACUCUUCAGUGUUUCUGCAGAGGCGUGAUGCGGUCAGUGUGUUCAGGAUCAGGACUCGCAGAGCGAACACGUUUCUGGAGGAGAUGAAGCCCGGGAGUCUGGAGCGCGAGUGUUAUGAGGAGCUCUGCUCUCUGGAGGAGGCGGCCGAGAUCUUCCAGAGCAUGGAGAAGACGAUGGAGUUCUGGUACAGAUACAAGAAUCUGAAUCUGUGUCGCUUUAACCCGUGUCAGAAUGGAGGAAUGUGCAGAGAAAACCGCGGCUUACAGGAGUGUCUCUGUCCUCCACUAUACAGCGGCACAAACUGUGAAACAGAAGUGUCUGACUGUAAGUAUAAGAACGGCGGGUGUCUGCAUUACUGCAGUCAGUCUGAGACAGCAGGUGUGGAGUGCAGCUGUGCAGAUGGAUAUCAGCUGGAUGAAGAUGGACACAGCUGCAGUCCAGCAGUGCAGUAUCCCUGUGGGAAGCAGUGGACUGGAGGCAUCAUGUCACGCUCACUGGAUGAUGUAGGCCACACCAAUGCUGAUCAUGCAAACCACACCCACUCCUCAAUAAGCCCCUCCCAUCCAUUACAUCACAACAAGAGUGCCCUGGAAAACUCGACUCACCCAAACCAAACCGAACUCGCUUCACCAGACCAGCUAUUGGACCCAGGAAGUGACAUCAUGGGAGGAAAUGAAGACUCGCGUAUUGUUGGAGGGCAGCUGCAGCGACAGGGCGGGAGUCCAUGGCAGGUUCUUCUUCGGCGUGAGGAUGAGUAUGGUUUCUGUGGUGGUUCUCUGAUUAAUCAGCGCUGGGUGAUAACAGCAGCUCACUGUCUGCAGCAAACACCACACCACAUCACCAUCGGAGACUACGACAAAAUGCGCCCGGAUAAAGACGAGCAGAAGAUCACAGUGGAGAAGAUCAUCCCUCACCCUCACUAUCACGAGUACACCUUCGACAGUGACAUCGCACUGCUGUACCUGUCCUCCGCGGUGACCCUGGGCCCCUUCGCAUCUCCAGCCUGCCUUCCAGACGCAAACCUGGCGGAGCGUCUGAUGAAGCCCGGAGAGCAGGGUCUGGUGAGCGGAUGGGGCUCCACACACUUCCUGCAGCGCUCGUCCCGCUUCCUGCGCAAGGUGCAGCUUCCGGUGGUGGAGCAGAAGAGCUGCAUCAACUCCACCGAGCAGAUCAUCACCGAUAACAUGUUCUGUGCUGGAUUCCUGAUGGAGGAGAUGGACGCCUGCACUGGAGACAGCGGCGGGCCCUUUAUAGUCAACUACCGCGGCACCUGGUUCCUCACCGGUGUGGUCAGCUGGGGCGAGAGGUGCGCCGCGCAGGGGAAAUACGGCGUUUAUACUCGACUCGGAAACUAUUUAUCCUGGAUACAAGAGGAGAUGAGGAAAGAGGAAAAGCAGAGUGGCGUGACCACAGAGAACUUGACUUCUAGUUAAUCAUUUGUAAAAGUGUCAGA